UAUUUUACUAGAAUUUAGACAAAACCCAUUUCAAUGUGAGCAGAAGGCGUUAUUCCAACAGUAAAUGUUUGUUUACAUUCUCCUCGUCCCGGCAAGAAAAGAUAUCUCAAGAUGUCAAAGGCAGGUGGUAAGAUGAAGGCUCUCAAGAAAGCGGUGGAGAAGGUGAACCACAGCAAUCUCAUCCGCACAAACAUCCCCGCAGGAAUGGCUGUUGCUGGGCCUCCACUCGGGCCCAUGCUGGGACAGCGAGGACUGAACAUUGCAGCUUUCUGUAAAGACUUCAAUGCUCGCACUGCAAACUAUAAGAAUGGCGUUCCCCUCCCAUGCAGAAUCCAAGUACGCUCAGACAGAUCCUAUGAAUUAACCAUACACAAUCCUCCAGCAACAUUUUUCUUAAAGCAAGCAGCAGGAAUUCAGAGAGGAGCCAUGUCACCUGGCCGGGAGGUUGCAGGAAAAGUCUCCCUAAAGCACAUUUAUGAAAUAGCCAAGAUCAAGCAGCAAGACCCGCCACUGCAGCUCACACCACUCAAACAGAUAUGUGAGCUCACUAUUGGUGUUGCACAUUCCAUCGGACUGGAGGUUGUCCGAGAAAUAGACCCACAAGAAUAUGGAGACUUUUUAAAAAAUCGCACUUCAGUUGUGGAAGAACAGCUAAAGGAACUACAGGAGAAGAAAGAAGCAAAGAUGUUAAGAAAGUAACAUUUAGGCAUCAUCUUUGGCCUUUACGUUUGUGUACAUAAACUUUGAUAAUGCGAUGAAUGCAUCUUAGAUUUUCAUCUUUUGAAAUGUAAAUAAUGUAUUUACCUAGUAUUUUCUGUUAUUUGGGGUUUCCUGCUUUUACACUGUUCAAUAUGUGUAUUUUUUGUUGGUAAAAUGUUGUUGUUGUUGUUUUUUUUUGUCAUCUGAUAUUAAUUUAUUGGUUUGAUUAGGUUUUGAUUUUUUUUUCUUUUUCUUUUCCAAAUUAUACAAUAGUUUCACUCUUCUCCCCCAAAAUAUAUGUGACUCUCCUUGAUAAGUCA